GCUGUCUAUGAAGUCGAUUCCGAUACCAUAGAAGACGAUAGUGAGGAUAGUGACGAUGAGUUUCCCGAAAGGCGACACAAGACCAAUCAUGACUAUGGUCUGUCAUAUUGUAACCGCAAGGUUCUCUUGGUGGGUGAUGAGUUUAUUGGUGGAGGUAAUGAAUAUGAGGAUGAAAGGAGUGAAUAUCAAAUCAUAAAACAAGAAUGUGAUGCCAGGAUACGCCGAGAGAUUAUCUGGUGUAAUCGUCCAUCGGAAUGGAAUGAAGCUAGUACGUAUAUUGCAUAUGGGAACGAAGCAACAUCUGCAUCUAUAUAUGUAGCAGGCGCUUUGCUUGUUAAUGUUCCUUCUUGGGAUGUUAGAAAAAAAAACGAAAAUUUAUUGCAUUAA